AUGGUAAAUAAUCAAAGUGACGGGGCGGAUUUGAAAAUGCAAAAAGGUAAGACAUUUCUGCUGUAAUUAGGAUUAUAAAUUCCCUUCAUAUUUGUUAGGAUUGUGCUAAAAUUACUAUUAAAAAAAGAGGAUAAAUUAUUAAAUAUUCAAGUAUUUAAAAAAGAAAUAAUUAACCACUUAAUAGUAUAUAUCAUGAAAAUUGUUAAAUUGUAAUUUAAUCAAUUAUUAAUUUCAUAAGAACUAUCCUACCAUUUACUCAACAUCAUUGA